AUGUGUGAAAAUCAUAAUUUACCGAUCGAUUUGGUGUGUGAGGACUGUGAUGAAUUCAUUUGUUCUACGUGUGUCAAAACGGACCACAAUGGGCAUGACUGGGUCACACUGGGUGUGGCGGCCAGUCGAAGGAGAAAGGGACUGACGGAGUUUCUGAGGAAUAUAAAGAAAGGGAAAUUACCGCAAAUAGAUAAGAAAAUAACCAAAAUGAAGGCUGAAAAUGAUAGAACAUAUGAAUCCCAGAGGAAGAAUUUAAAGAAGCAUUUUGAUGAAAUUAUAAAAAAGCUUACAGAUAUCAGGGACCGAAAAGAUGUAGCAUUGAAAAGCAAUCUGAGUGAGAAAAACGAACAGUUUACAAAUGGGAAAUCUCGAAUAGACAAGAAAAAGAAACAAAUAAUUGAAAUAAUGAAACACAUGGAGGACAACCACAGAACCAUGUCUGAUAAGAACUUAAUAGAGAACCAAAGAGACCUGAAUCAUCUGCUAACUGAUUUAGAAAUUGACAUUGGGGAAAGCAAUUUUUCAUUGAGAUAUAAAGAAAAGGUCAUUAAUGAUGAUAUCCUAGAAUCACUGUUUUGUGGACUGUUGGAUUUAGAUAAUAUAAGUGCUAUUGAAACAAAUUUAUUUCAGUAUGUGACAUGUAGUGAAGAUGUAAUUUUAUAUGUAGAGACAUUAAAUGAAAACGAAUGUUACGUUUACGAUAUGGAAUCUGAUAACGUUGAUUUGGUCAACAAACAAGGUGAAAAGAAACAAACAUUCAAUAUUGGACGGAAUGUGAAAGACAUGUGUGUAACCAAUAAAGGUAUUUAUUUCACCAAAAUCGGUGACAAAUUAAUCAGGUGUCUUUCGCCAUCAGGGUCAAUUUCAACGUUUUUCAGUGCAGAUGCGGUAGAUCUUGAACCUACCGGAAUCAGUAGCUCAGUGGACGAUGGGUUCCUUGUUUCUUUGAAAGAUUUUGAAACGGAUGAUUUUGAAUUAGAAUCAGGCAGUCGACGUUUGGUGAAAUACUUGACAAUGACCGGUGAUAUCAUUCACGAGUAUGAGUACCAAGAGGACGGCCAAACCAGACUGUUUACAUAUCCAGGAAGACUCUGUCAAAACAAUAAUACUGAUAUUUGUGUAAUGAAUAUUACAAGUGACAAUACAGGUGAGAUUGUAAUAAUCACGGUCUCUAGUCUCCUAAGAUCUGUCUAUCGUGGACAGAACCUGAAGGAGGACUUCUUUCCAGCAGACCUGGUUUGUGACUCGAUCUGUAACAUUCUUGUUUCUGAUGCAUAUAACAGUCUUAUCCAUCUGUUGAGUCCUGAAGGGGAGUUCUUGAAAUACUUACUGACAGAGCAAGAAGUAACACGUCCAAUGGCAAUAUCACUGUACAAAUCUACAUUGUGGGUGGGAACUGCUGAAGGGAUUGUGAAAAUUUUUAAGCAUAGAAGUUUUUCGUGA